UUUCUUUUAUUUUGGGAAUUAAACUGCGACUUAAAUUAACGAAACUAUAUAGUAACUAUUUCACAACGUUCAGAAGGAAAAAAAAGUAUAUAUGCAGUUAUACAAUCUCUCUAUUUUGCUUAUGACAAUUUAAGUUUCUGCUUUAGUUAACUGCCCGUUUAAAGUUAAAUUUGUCCCAAACCCCAGUGGUGUGUUCUUGAAUUUUUAUAUUUCUAAAGUCUUAUUUUUUCCUUAAUAAUGGUAUGUGUCUGAUUUUCCUUCCAUUUUUAUAUUUACUUUAUGAAAAAUUGUUUUGUUUCGUCAUGAUAAAGUACUAGAGAUGUGUGUGUUUGUCGAGUUCUGGACGUACGAUCAGAUAUGGUCCGUGAAUAUUUAUCCAAGAAGACAAUGCCACAGAAAAUAUAAUUUGGAUUUUUUUAUUCGACGUAUUAAAUAUAUUAAGGAUAAUAUGAAUAUCCUAGUUUUUGUUGAAGUGGAUAUAUGUAGAGAAUAUUACUAAGAAGGAUCAUAAUUUCCAUAUAUAUUUAAAUUCUCAUUUUUAAGAGAAUUUUUUAAAGUAUGAGAAAUAUUCCCAUAUAUUGAAUAAAUCAAACUUUUAAAAUAUAUAUAAUUUUAUCAAGAUACUUAAUAUUUACGAUCAGUUAGUAGAUAUCGUAUACUUAAAAUUGAAAUUCUCCCAUUCUAAUAUCGUAUAUUAAUAAGGGAUCUAUUAAUAAUUACAAGUUAAUUUACGAAUGAGCAGAAUUGAGUAUUUAUAGAUUGAAUUGCGUAUAUAUGUAUGUGUAGCAGUUAAUGUUACGCAAUAAAUGAAAUGAUAGGUUUGGUGCAGAUUUACUAAACUUAAACAAAAGUAAAGUUUAUAUUUCUGUAUGACAGUUAAUGGGUUUUUACAUCACCUUGACGGCUGUUUGACAGCACUUAUGAGAUAUUCAUCUGUUGUUUCAGAAUGCCGUUAAAAGACAUUUACAAAUGUAGUUAUUUCUUACAAAACUAGAAUACCUUUCUGAUCAUUUGGCACUUAUAUACAGAUUUAAAUAACCACAGGCUUGAGGUCUAACACGUUUCUCUGCGUCUACGUAGACGACGUGUCGGAGUUUAAGCCACCAGUUAACGCAAACUCCAUUUAUUUAUUUUUGAAAUUUGCUUAAUGUUCGUCUGAUACGUUGUUUUCCGUACAUAUUCAAGAGGGCCCACAAUUUCCACUUUCCUUCAAUUUUAUUGGUUUUCCAGUAAACACGUAUCUUAUCAAGAUCUAUAUAAAAUAUAUGAGAAAAAUAAACUUAUCAGCCCCAAUCACGAAAUGACUUUUGUUAGAUCACAUCUUAUCAUGACAUAUAAAAAGAAAAACUCAAUAACCAGUCAAUAGUUUAUCCAAGUCGAUGAACAUUUGAUUCCCUGACUAUUGAGACUGACAUGACUCAUGAAGUGCCUUCGACCGAUUAAUUGCACGUACUUCCUCGAUUCAAUACUAUUUCAAACGCCAAACUUAUUAAAAUGUAAACACAAAGAUUAAUUCCUAUAAUUACAUUUACAGUUACAAGAAAUUUGGAUUUACACACCAGAGAUGGUUCUUAAAAAGAUGAAAACAAACAAAACUAUAUAACUAACACACGAUAUGUCUACAUUUUGAGAUCUAGAUCAUGUUUUUGUUUGCAGGGGAUGAUUCUCUUAACAAUGGCGGUAACAGUAAAAUCCUUAAGACCAACAUGCACAAACGGGGUAUGCAACAAGGCAUCCUCUUUGCAAAUAGCAUUUUUCUACACGUCUCUCUAUACCAUAGCCAUUGGAGCAGGUGGAACAAAACCAAACAUUUCCACAUUUGGAGCAGACCAAUUCGAUAAUUAUAGCAUUGGAGAGAAAAAACAAAAGGUUUCAUUCUUCAAUUGGUGGAUGUUCAGCUCCUUCUUGGGUGCAUUAUUCGCGACAUUAGGACUUGUCUACAUCCAAGAGAAUCUUGGAUGGGGUUUAGGUUAUGGCAUCCCUACCGUAGGACUCUUGGUUUCUCUCGUUGUGUUCUAUAUCGGAACACCAUUUUACAGGCAUAAGGUCAUUAAAUCAGACAAUAUAGCUAAAGAUUUGGUUAGAGUCCCUAUUGUGGCAUUCAAAAACCGAAAGCUUCAAUGUCCUAGUGACAUUUUGGAGCUUCAUGAGUUUGACUCCCAUUAUUACAAAAGCACUGGUAAACGUCAAGUUCAUCAGACUUCCACUUUCAGGUUCUUGGAUAAAGCCGCCAUUAAGUCAUGUUCCAGAGAGUCACCUUGUACGGUGACAAAAGUGGAAGUGGCAAAGCGGGUACUAGGGCUUACGUUAAUAUGGCUUGUCACUUUAAUCCCAAGCACCUUAUGGGCACAAGUCAAUACUCUCUUCGUCAAACAAGGGACCACGCUGGACCGGAAACUCGGAUCAGACUUCCAAAUCCCUGCGGCUUCUCUUGGAAGCUUUGUUACUCUCUCAAUGCUUGUCUCAGUGCCAAUGUAUGACCAAUACUUUGUUCCCUUCAUGCGCAAGAAAACCGGAAACCCUAGAGGGAUCACUAUACUCCAAAGGCUAGGGAUAGGGUUUGUGAUCCAAAUUGUUGCAGUUGCUGUUGCUUCUGCCGUCGAGGUCAAGAGGAUGCGCGUAAUAAAGGAAUUUAAUAUAACUAGCCCGAAACAAGUUGUGCCAAUGAGCAUUUUCUGGCUGCUCCCUCAGUACUCUCUUCUAGGCAUUGGGGAUGUGUUCAACGCGAUUGGUUUGCUUGAGUUUUUCUACGAUCAGUCACCCGAGGAGAUGCAGAGCCUUGGAACGACGUUUUUUACAAGUGGAAUCGGUCUAGGAAACUUCUUGAACAGUUUCUUGGUGACUAUGAUUGAUAAAAUCACGAGUAAAGGGGGAGGGAAGAGUUGGAUUGGGGAUAAUUUGAAUGAUUCUAGGCUAGAUUACUAUUAUGGGUUUCUAGUGGUGAUUUCGGUUGUGAACAUGGGAUUGUUCUUGUUGGCAGCUAGCAAGUAUGUCUACAAGAGUGAUGAUACGAAAGAGUUUGGUGGAGGAUGUGUUCAAAUGGAGGCCAAGGCCUUAGACACAUCUCCUCUUACUCUUUGAUUGUAACAAUGAGAGAUCUGUAUAUAUAUGGGUUUCUAGAAAAUUUGUAUGUUGUGGUAUUCUGCUUAACAUGAUAUGAAUAAAACUUCAGUGUUUAUUCUAA